UUUUAAACUAUAGUUUCAUACACCUUAGUUAACAAAUUAAAUCAACCAAAAGAAAAAUGUUAAAAAGUGCUUCCACUAACAGAUUACAACAGCUGAUCAAAAUACUAAAUGGUGUGAGGUCUGAUGUAGUACAAUUUAAUAGUCUGCGCGCCUAUGUUACUUCCGAAAAUGUAGCUAUAGGGGAGAUUGUUAAAGAUAUUGAAAAAUCUGAGAAACCUGAGCUUGUGCCGAGAUUAUAUUAUAAAGAAAAUCUCCCUCAAACAACAAUCCACCACCUAAAAUGGAUAAUGCAGAAGGACCUUCUGGGUCAAGAUAUUUUCCUUAUUGGACCUCCUGGUCCGCGAAAACGUGUGCUAGCUAUGCAGUACCUUGAAUUGACUAAUAGGGAGCACGAAUAUGUCGCUUUAAGCCGAGAUACUACUGAAAGCGAUCUUAAACAACGACGAGAAAUUGUUGGAGGAACUGCCAAAUAUUUUGACCAGAGUGCCGUAAAAGCUGCAAUGAAAGGACGAGUUCUAAUAUUAGAGGGUGUAGAAAAAGCUGAAAGAAAUGUACUACCAGUAUUAAAUAAUUUAUUGGAAAAUAGAGAAAUGCAUUUGGAAGAUGGAAGAUUGUUAAUUCCCGCUGAAAGAUAUGAUAAACUUCUUGAGAAACAUGGAUUUCAUGAAUUGGAAAAAUGGAAGCUUGUAAGGGUAGAUGAGAACUUUAGGGUUAUUGCACUGGGGUUGCCAGUUCCAAGAUAUCGCGGAAACCCACUUGAUCCACCAUUACGUUCCAGAUUUCAAGCUAGGGAUGUAUCUAAUUUUACAUAUCAGGAAUGGUACAGAGAACUAACCAACAAAUACACGAACGCCCCAAAAGAAAAAUUAGAAAAACUUCUAUCCUGCGCGUUUGCCUUAUUAAAUCAAGACUCGAAAUUUCUGGGCUUACCGGACUUUCCGGUAGAUAACUUACCUGCAGUGGCUGAAAUACUGGACAAAAACCCAGAAUUGCCAAUUUACGAUUUAUUCUAUAGACUCUACCCAUACAAAACGUUUUUGUCCGACAGCGUUUCAAACAUUGAAAGUUUACUAAACACAUUCAUAGACAUUCCAGUUGCAGAAAAUUCAUCAGAAGCCACUUUGGCAACACAAAUCAAAGAGUUUGUUACUGCAAAAUUACCAAAGCAAACAAACCCAUCCGAAGGUUACAUACAAACAUUAUAUCAAAACAAAAUCUUACAACAAAUGCUUCAGACGGGACAAACAACGGAUUUCUGUCUUAUCGGUCCCAGUGGUUCAGGAAAAACUAUGCUCUUAAAACAAAUGGCCGCCAUUCAAAACAAAGAUAUAGAAAAUAUUGUUUUAUACCAAGAUAUGACUUCACGUGACUUGUUACAACAGAGAACAACCCUGGAAAAUGGCGAUACUGUAUGGAGUUUUUCACCUUUAGUAAAAGCUGCUUUAAAUGGAAAAAUUGCAGUUUUAGACGGGAUCAACAGGAUACAUCCUAGCACCUUAUCGGUGUUGCAUAGACUAGUUCAAGACCGGGAACUCCAGCUUUACGAUGGUAAAAGACUCAUCAGCUUGGAGCGCUUCGAUUUCUUACAAAAUAAACUUAAUUUAACAAAAAAUCAACUGACCGAAAGCGGAAUAUUCCCUGUUCAUUCCGAUUUCCGAAUAGUAGCAGUAGGGGAUCCUCCAAAUAUCCAAUCAAAAGAAGGAAAUUGGAUGUCUCCCGAAAUGCUCAGCUUGUUUGUAUUUCACGAUUUGAGGACUUUAAGUAAAAUUGAGGAGAUUCAUGUUAUAAGCUCGAAGUUCGGUCGGAUAGACAAAACUUUACAUAAAAUAAUCGAUUUGGCUCACAUUUUGCGAAGCAAUAAUGAUCAAUCCCUGAAAAAUUUAGCAGGGCAUUUAUCGACUAGACAACUAAUUAGGAUAGCGGCUAGAAUGAAACAGUUUCACACUGAGGAUGCUUAUAGUAUGCUAGAAGAAACUUUCAUGCUCAAAUUCUUACCGGCUAUCACAAAGAAAUCUUUAGAAAAACUGAUUUUAAACGUUGGAAUUGCUCCUUCAGAGGACUUUUUGGAAAGGAAUGAAAAGAACAUAAGGUGUGAGGUGGUUGAUGGUAUACUUACUAUAGGAAAUACGUCAGUCCCAGUGUACCAGACUGAACAUUUAACAAAAGUGCCCAAAGUAUUAUUCUACGACAUACCACAGCACGUAAAACUUAUGGAAGGGCUCCUGCAGGACUUUCAAUUAGGCUAUCAUUUGCUUUUGGUGGGAAAUCAAGGGGUGGGUAAAAAUAAAAUCGUCGAUAGGUUUUUGGAAUUAUUAAACAGACCCAGGGAGUAUAUUCAACUACAUAGAGACACGACAGUUCAAACCUUAACCACUCAGCCGACAGUGAAAGAUGGAGUUUUAAUAUACGAAGAUUCUCCUUUAGUGAAAGCAAUCAAGCAUGGCCAUGUUUUAGUGGUGGAUGAAGCUGAUAAAGCGCCAACUCAUGUAACUUGUAUUUUAAAAACCUUGGUUGAAUCUGGACAGAUGAUUCUUAGUGAUGGCAGAAGGAUAGUACUUGAUAUACCAGAUGUCAUAGGAGAAGACGAAUAUAUCCAAAUCCAUCCAGAUUUCCGUAUGAUCGUCCUAGCAAACAGGCCGGGUUUUCCAUUCUUAGGCAACGACUUCUUCGGCGCCUUAGGUGAUCUUUUCAGCAGUAGGGCAGUUGAAAAUCCAUCAAGACAGUCUGAAAUUGAACUUUUGAGAAGUUACGGACCAAACGUUCCAAUAAAAACUAUUAGAAAGUUAGUGGAUAUUUUUGGAGAACUUAGAAAUAUGGCCGAUCAGGGUUUGCUAAACUACCCUUACUCAACUAGAGAGGUGGUGAAUAUCGUGAAACAUUUACAAAAAUUUCCCAAUGCGGACGUAGAAGACGUAGUGUUCAAUGUCUUCGACUUUGACAGAUAUAGUCCGGAACUAUUGGAAACUUUGGGAGAGGUCUUAGAAAGGCACGGAUUUUCAAAGAAUGUCAUGACGGCUGAAUAUAUUGCGGCCAAGAGGGCGCAAGAAAAGAUCCAAGUUACAGUAAACAGAAAAAGCGGGUUAGAUGUUUCAUCUCCUAAGCAUGGAAAAGAAGAUCCAAAUAAUGACCCCCACGUGGGUGGUAACACUUGGGCUGGAGGCACCGGAGGACGAGACACUGCCGGUCUGGGUGGUAAAGGUGGUCCUUAUAGGCUAGAUAAAGGACAUACAGUUCAUCAGCUUUCCGAUGAAGAAAAGGCAUCAGUGCCAGAACACGUUCAAAAAGCAGCCAGGGAAAUGAACAGAAAAGCUUAUGCAGACAAACUAAAGCAAAUCGGAAUGACCCCGUAUGACCACGAUGUUUACUCGCAAUUUUCUAACGCUGUUGCCAGGCAAGUUCAAGCUUUGAGAGUUAUUUUGGGGAAUUUACAGGCCAAGAAUAAGGAGAGAAAUUGGUAUAGGCAUCAGACUACUGGAGAAUUGGAUGAUGUGAAGUUAAUUGACGGAUUGUUAGGUGAAAAAACGAUUUUUAGAAGAAGAGCUGAGCAAGAACCAGAAAUCGGAACCCCUCAAUUGAAACCAAAAUAUUUUAGGAUUCUUGCAGAUGUGUCUGGAAGUAUGUAUAGGUUUAAUGGAUAUGACGGAAGAUUAGACAGAGAAUUAGAAGCAGUAGUUCUUGUAAUGGAAGCGCUAGAAGGAUUCGAGGAUAAAAUAAAAUAUGACAUUAUCGGUCACUCUGGGGAAGAGUAUAACAUUAAUUUCGUUUCACGAGACAAUCCACCUAAAAAUAAUAAGCACAGACUUGAAGUUAUUAGAAAAAUGCAUGCCCACGCCCAAUUCUGUUGGUCAGGAGACAAUACAUUACAGUCUACCACCUGGGGAGUGUCCACACUAGCAGAAGAGGACUGUGAUGAAGCAAUUUUAGUCUUAUUGUCCGAUGCUAACCUACAGAGGUACGGCAUAUCUCCUGCCAGACUGGCGGAGGCGCUUACGAUGAAGCCCACUGUCAGUUCUUAUGCUGUUUUUAUUGGAGGGCUUGGGGAUCAAGCCGAGAGAUUAACACAAAAAUUACCUUCAGGCAGAGCUUUUAUUUGCAAUGACACCAAAGAACUACCGCAAAUUCUUAAGCAGAUAUUUUGGUCGUCGGUAAAUGUAUGAUGAAGAGGAAUAUUUUAAACAAAUUUUGUAAAUAAAUGUUUGUUUUUUUUAAA